AUGUUGAUGCUUACCCCUGUUCGUUUUCGGGUUUUCCUGCCUCGUAUACCAUUGUUGGGCCGUGCCCUGUUGCAUUCCUCUCCAUUAUUGUCACAAAAGUUACCUCCUAAUACUCCUGUCACUCCUCCUUCUGGGUCCAAGAUUCUCGACAAAAUUCCCCGAUUUCUUCAUCCUUGGACAAAACAGUUUGUAAACGCCCCCAUUUCCCACGUCACGUCUUUCUUGAUCCUUCAUGAAAUCACCGCCAUCGUGCCGCUCGUAGGAAUAUGGUAUUUGUUUCACCAUUACAAUUGGAUGAUUCCAAUGGAUUUACCCCAUUGGGCAAUUCAGAAGGGAACCGCUGUAAUUGACAAAUCCAUGGCUCGGUUCGACUUCGGCGACUACUCAUUGCAAGAAAAAGCUCGGUUUAUAAUGGAAGGGGCAUAUUCGUACGUUCUUGUCAAAGCAAUGUUUCCUGUGCGACUUUUCUUCAGCUUGACCAUGAUGCCGUUUUUCGCCAAAUACGUUGUUAUCCCAUCUACUGGCAUAUUCAGACGCUUGUUCAAGAAAAAGCCAACCGCUGCAUCGAGUCCAGUGCCAGCCGAGCCUCAACUUAAACCUAAGAAAGUCAACAAACCUCGGUUGUAG